UUCUUGCCUGUGCCCCGUUUUUUACUUUGUUAGCCCUGCCCGGCUGCUUGGGCUCGGGUCCGCCACCGCUGCGCACACGGCCACUGCCAUUGCCAUUGCCAUCGCCCCUCUGCCCUUGCAUCCACUGACCAGCCCAGCUCCCCGUCGCCGCCGUCUCCGUGGUUGAGAAGCGCGUCGUUGUUGUUUUUACCUAGGCGAUCAGAGGCCCCAUUGUGUGGUUCCCGGCCCACCCAACCAACACCAACACCACCACCACCACCAUCAUGUCCAACAUUGUUGUCCCCAACGAGACAAAGAGCCAGUCCGUCCGCACAACAAAGGAUGGCAGGCAAAUCCGCUACAACCUGCAGGUAAUCCAGCAGCCCGAGCGCGCCCGCGCCUGUGGUAGCGGCGCAAAGUCGAGUGCCGACAGACGCCCUGUCGACCCGCCGCCCAUUGUCGGACUCCGCGUCUUCGAAAACGACCAGGAAAUCACGUUUGCCUACAAUGCAAACUUCUUCCUUCACGCCAGCCUCGAGAAUGCCCGCACCAUCGCCCCCGGACGCGCGCCCUCCACCGGCGGCCCUAGCUUCCCCGUUCUCACCGGUACCCCUGUUGCAGGCAUGGCCUACCUCGACCGCCCAACACCUGCCGGCUACUUUAUUUUCCCCGACCUGUCCGUCCGCCACGAAGGCAAGUACCGUUUGAGUUUUGCUCUUUUUGAGAAUCUUGCCGAGGUCAAGGACCUGGACCCCGAGGACCCGGAUGUCAUCUAUGAUGGAAACCACUUUGUCACCCACCGCUGCGAGGUCAAGUCGGCGCCCUUCACCGUCUUCUCCGCCAAAAAGUUCCCUGGCUUGUCCGAGAGCACCGCCCUGAGCCGCAUGGUGGCCGAGCAGGGAUGCCGUGUCCGUAUCCGCCGCGAUGUGAGGAUGAGGCGCCGCGAGAACAAGUCGUCCAAGGAGUGGGAUGAGUACGACGAGGAGGGCGGAGGCUACGAUCGUGCGCGGGGCACUGCGACCCCCGACAACUACGGCCAGCCGCCAAAUGCACCUCUUGAUGACCGUCCGCGCUCAUUGUCCAGCGCCAGCAACCCUGGAAUGGCGCCACCCCGCCGCCCGAGCAUCGAGGAAAUGGCCCACGCCUACCCACCAGGCAAUGGCUACCAGCAGCAGAUGCCCCCUCCACAGCCCUCUGCAUACUCACAGAUGCCGCCCUACGGCUCGAGCCAACACCAGUACCCACAGCAGUACCCACCCCCACAGUCGGCAUCCAUGAUGCAGCCUCCACAGCCCCCGCAGCAUUCGACAUCGUAUUCGCAGCACCCACAGCACACCAGUUAUGCCAGCCCACACCAAGCCCAGCCCCCAGUGCCAAUGAACCAGCAAUACGCAUACUCCAGCUACCAGCAGCAGCAGCAACAGCAGCAGCAACCGCCUUACGACCAUGCUCCCCCUACCAGGCCAGAGCAGGUACCUUCCGAGUACGCUCACCCCGCAGACUACCGUCGCACCUCGAUUACCCAGUCGUCGCCGCAGCAAUACCCUACUCCUAGUCACCCAGUGCAACCAUACCACCCCAUGGACCAAUACGGCCGAUCGCAGUCCAUCAGCCAGCCCUUGCAGCCGCUGCACACUUCGCCCCAGUCGUACACAUCUUCGGCUCCUAGCAGCAUCCAGACCCCUAGCCACCAGUCGUUGCCGUCUCUGAGACCCAUUGUGGCCGACAAGCUGGACCCUGUCUCGCCAUCGUACCAGUCUCCGCCUAGCUCCAUGUCUGCCACCAUGUCUGCCAACUCUGAUGGCUCCAACCAAAACUAUGCUCUGCCCAAGUUCAACCCUCAGGUACAGGGCCUUCCGCCCAUGUCUGCUGCGUCAAGCAACAAACGUUCCUUCUCGAGCACAUUCGACUCGCGCCACCUGAAUGAGCGUAUGGUUGCAGGAAGCAGGCCUCAACCCGCUGGUGCCGGCUACAGCUACGACCCUGAUUCUCCCGACAUGGAAGAGCCAAUGGACCGCGCGGCCAUGAGCUACAGGCGCGCCGACGGAACACAACGACAGCGUCACGUUCCCGAAGUCGGCGUCUAAAUUCCUUGCACGCCAACGGCUGUUUAUCACGUGUAAGAGGGGCUGGUAGUGUGGCCUUUGUGUAGGUGUUUGUUGUUGGAGUACGGAGUUUUGUGUUAUCUGUCACGGAUCUAAUGUGCUCUGAUCAUCUAUACCCCCUUGAGUACGACAGACGGGCGACUCUCACUAUGGCCAUCUUCUUCUUUUCCUUUCUUAAUCCUGUUCUGCACACUUAACCCCAUUUUUCCAUCAUUUAUCGCAACACGCCAGCCACUUGAGCUGCACUCGACCAUUUCCUUGCUACCAUUCUUUUCUAC